UGAGUGUAACAUUAUCCACAUCCACAUGAUCAGUUAGUUGGCAUCACAGUUUGUGGUGGUGACCUGUUAGUUGCUGCUUCCGAAACUGUAAGCAAUGGCUUUUGUUCUCAAUGUCUCAUUGUCUUCAACAUCCAAACUUCAUCACAAUCAUCUCUCAAAGUCUUCACCCUCCAUUUCCACAAGCUCCACACCUUCUCUUCCUCUGGUUCUGGGACUCAAUCCGAAGCAAAGUCUCAAAGCCUCUCAAAAACUCACAUUUUCACUGGCUGAAUCACUGCCUAGUGCUGCCAUCGUUGCUCUCCUCUCUGCUUCUUUCUUCUUUGUUGAUCCUGCGCUUGCAUUCAGGGGUGGAGGACCAUAUGGGCAAGAGGUGACUAGGGGACAAGAUCUUUCUGGGAAGGAUUUCAGUGGCAGGACUUUGAUCAAGCAAGACUUCAAAACGUCUAUACUUCGACAAGCCAAUUUUAAAGGUGCAAAGUUGUUAGGUGCUAGCUUCUUUGAUUCUGAUUUAACAGGUGCUGAUCUUUCUGAUGCUGAUCUUAGAAGUGCAGAUUUUUCUCUGGCAAAUGUGACUAAGGCAAAUUUGAGCAAUGCUAACUUGGAAGGUGCACUUGCAACGGGAAAUACAUCAUUUAAGGGAUCAAAUAUUACAGGCGCCGAUUUCACUGAUGUGCCAUUAAGAGAUGAUCAACGUGAAUACCUAUGUAAAGUUGCUGAUGGAGUGAACCCAACAACUGGAAAUGCUACGCGUGAAACAUUGCUAUGCAAUUAGAAUUCCAUUGCUGAGGACGGAGGAUCAUAUUUUAUUAUAUUGAAUCAGAGGCUAUAUAUAAAUGUUGCAUAACAUGCUGCAACUUUUGAAUUUGUUAAACAAACUUCUUCAUUAAAAAGUUGUGUAUAAUGUAUAUCAUAUCAAAUGUAAUUCUCUUUCCACUCUGGAAGAAAAAGGAAAUAUAUAUUUUGUUGCACUUA